AGGAGGAGGAGGAAGAAGAGGAAGGUGCACCGAGGAGAGGAGGCAGGGGUCCGAGACGAGAGCGUCACUAAAGCCCUUUUGCAAAUUCUGCUCAGCUGAGCUGCCUCCCUUGGCAUUGGGAGCUCCUUUCACCACUGCAGGAAGAGUUGCUUUUUUCAAAGAAGGUGGCACCAUUUUUAAAAACAAACACAACCCCCACUGGGAGGAGAAACUGAUACUGUACUUGAAGGGGGAUCAGGCCAUUGGGCAAAUGUUCUUGUAGAGCCAGGACUGUGCAUCAUUAAAGAGACUGGGCUCUGAAGAUUUGAACUCCACACUUUGACCUGCUGCUCAUCUGAAAACUAAGUGUUUGAAAGCUCAGCUGCCAGCUCACUUCAGGGUGCAGAGAUGAACUCCACAGACAUCCCCAUUCAAACAGAAAUGGUAGAACUGGUGCCGAAUGGAAAACACUUAGUGCUGAAUGCUUCUUCCAGCCCAUCUGUGGGAAAUGACAGAUUUGAUGAUAACCAGCCAGAGAUGGAGGAAUUUCUUCCGCAUGAAAAGAAACAGACCCAUUUCACAGAUUUUGAAGGAAAGACCUCUUUUGGGAUGUCUGUCUUCAAUCUCAGCAAUGCCAUUAUGGGCAGUGGGAUCCUUGGUUUAGCGUAUGCCAUGGCCAACACUGGUAUCCUCCUUUUUCUAUUCCUUCUGACUGCUGUAGCUCUCUUGUCCAGUUACUCCAUCCACUUGCUGCUCAAAUCCUCAGGGAUUGUAGGAAUCCGAGCUUAUGAACAGUUGGGCUACAGGGCAUUUGGAACUCCAGGGAAAUUGGCAGCUGCUGUUGCUAUAACACUACAGAAUAUUGGAGCCAUGUCAAGCUACCUGUACAUUGUGAAGUCUGAAGUGCCUCUGGUCAUCCAGACCUUCCUCAACCUAGAGGAGAAAACAACGGACUGGUACAUGAAUGGCAACUACCUGGUGAUCAUGGUUUCUAUCACCAUCAUUCUCCCUUUGGCCCUCAUGAAACAACUUGGUUACCUUGGCUAUGCCAGUGGCUUUUCCCUCAGCUGCAUGGUCUUCUUCCUUAUUUCAGUCAUCUACAAAAAGUUCCAGGUUCCCUGUCCACUUUCGGACCGAGUCAAUGCCACAAGUAACCAGAAUUACACCCCAGCCAGCACAAGCAGCUAUCAAAAUGACCCUAUGGUCAUCCAGGAAACUGAUGAAGAGAUUUGCUCUGCAAGCUUGUUCACACUCAAUUCUCAGACAGCCUACACCAUCCCUAUCAUGGCAUUUGCUUUUGUGUGUCACCCUGAGGUCCUGCCAAUUUACACUGAACUCAAAGAUCCAACCAAGAAGAAGAUGCAGUGCAUUUCCAACAUCUCCAUCUCUGUCAUGUAUAUCAUGUAUUUCCUGGCUGCCCUUUUUGGCUACCUCACUUUCUAUGGCCAGGUAGAAUCAGAGCUGCUCCAUACCUACAACAGAGUGGACCCAUUUGAUGUGCUGAUCCUAUGUGUGCGGGUGGCUGUGUUGACAGCUGUGACAUUGACAGUGCCCAUUGUUCUCUUCCCGGUGCGCCGUGCAAUUCAGCAGAUGCUCUUCCAAGACAAGGAAUUCAGCUGGAUUCGUCACACUAUCAUUGCUAUUGUGCUGCUUACAUCUAUUAACUUGCUUGUCAUUUUUGCCCCUUCCAUACUGGGCAUCUUUGGCUUGAUUGGUGCCACUUCAGCCCCAUGCCUGAUAUUCAUCUUCCCAGCAAUAUUCUACAUCCGGAUCAUGCCCAAGGAGACAGAGCCAACAAAAUCACCUCCCAAGAUCCUGGCAGCUCUCUUUGCGUGCCUUGGUGUGCUGUUCAUGAUUAUGAGCCUCAGCUUUAUCAUCAUCGACUGGGCAUCUGGAGGUGGGAAGAGUGGAGGCAGUCACUAACAAGGCAAGGCCUGGAGCCUUGUAGUGCAGAUCAUCGCCUUGGGAGUCUAAGUUGGCUUGGAUACAUUUCCUGCUCCCCUCCACCUCCACUAGUACUGUAUUGUAAUGUAGUCCCUUGCUCCAUUCUGAGCCAGGGGUACUGUUCCGUUACUCAGUCGUUACCCCCAGAUUGAGCCAGGGGAUGCUACAGGCCGGACCUGACCAGAACCAAUUUCUAACUCUUUUGAGCAUUUGAUUUUAUCCCCAGGUUUGGGAUGGAUCAGACCAAUGGCGCCUAAUGAACACACAAACUGGGGAAACAUGCCAUUUCCAGGGGGUUGGAUGGGAGCUGCCAUGAUAAGCACAUCCAGCCCUGUAUGUCCAGUAUGGCUGGCCCACACUGACCAGGCUGGAGAGUGACUGGCAGAAGAAGAUGGGAAGGUGGAACUGUGGCUAAAGAACAUGGGUAUAAAGAUCUCACCUGAAGUUCACAGUUGAUUGGAAGAAAUGGCUUUCCUAGUCGAGGCUAAAAAUAGGAAGUGAAUAUGUUUGGGACAGGAAAAUAGGGUUCAAACAGUAAAUAUUUCCCUAUGAGUUCAAGCAUAGGUCUUUCAUCCCUCUCAGAUGACAUUUCUCAGCCUUUAUUUCUUAAUAUUUCUUCUGCUAGAGUAUGAGCUUCAUGAUCAACAUUCCUCUCCCAGGACAGUUCACUGCUCAAUGUGAUGGUGAGGUGAGCCUUGCCAGUUUCCAUCUGUGAGCAGCACUCUGCUGCCUACUCCUACCUGGGAGGGCUGGUGCUAGGAGAUGAUUUGGGUUUAUCCACCUUUAUGAACUGCCAGUUGGGAUCAGAUGCAGGUUUCUGCUGGCCUCCCUGGGUUCACUGUCCAUAUUUGAAUUUCACUUAGGUAGGUGAAGCCAAUCAGGCAGGAUUGCUUUGCGUUCACAGAGGGGUGCUAAUAUUUGGAGUAAGAUUUGCUGUGAGGAACAUUGCUUUUCCUUCUUUGGAGAAAAGUGAGCUUGAAUUUGGGAUAGGAGUUUAGCUUGCUUUCAGUGACAUAAGAUCUCCGUUUCUCUCCCUUCCUUUCACUGGCAAAUGGUAAGGUGUAAUCACAUGGUAUUUAAGAUUCCCACAAUAGUGAGGCUUUUGUGUCCAAGGCUCUUACAUCCUGAAAAUGUAUGUUACCUGUGACCAGAUCCUCCCAUCUGAGAGACCAUUCCUUUUCCACCUCCCUCCCUCCCUCCCUCCCUGGUAACAUGUCAUAGUGGCCUCUGUCCCCAUCUACUGGCAGAUGCUACACAUACUGGGAAAUGUAACCCUGUCACCAAACUGGUCCACUGGUCUAACCACUUGCUACAACUUGACUGCUGCUAAUUUUAGUAGCUUUAGAAUAACUUACAUUUGUUUGUACAUACUUAUGUUACUUUUUUCCUCCUGUCUAUUCCAUGGGUGGGAUUCCAAUGGAAUUGUAUUUAUGUAGCUGGCUUCCUGAAUUUGGUAAGAAGUCCCUGUUUUUCUGUGGCAUACAUAAUUUGCAUAGGAACUGCUGAAUAUUCAGUGCACCUGUGAACUAAGCGAUCACACCUUGUGCAAAUAGCAAAUAGGAAAAAACUAAUCAAUUGUCCCCAUUUUAUUCUCCAAUCUUGUCAUUUAAAAAAAAAAAACUAGGACACCCCCCCCCUCCCGGCAUCAGAAAUGAACACCAAGCACAUUUAUGUACUGGGCUGUGAAAUUUUCUAUGCCUCUUCUUAUUGGAGUCUGCUCACAAGCAAGGAAAGAGGAAAUACAUGUAAGAAGCUAUUGAGAAUGUAACAGAAUCAAUAGAAGGCCUAAGACAGGGUGGGCAACAAUUCUUGAGACCCCUGAUUCUCUCCAGGGAGUCUUAAAGAUAGCCCCCCCC